AUGCAACACGUGCGGCCGAAGUCUGCCCCUGGAAUGACGAUUUUUCAGCCAAGCGACCGCACCAGGGUUGAGGGUAGGGAGGCUCUUCGAUUGGCGCUCGAGAAUGAGAAACUACGUGAGGAGAACGCGCAGUUACGGGAGCUGCUCGCUCUUGCCGGGCCCGCAUCGGCAGGAAGCGCAGCGCCGAGCGCUGCCGGGUUAUGGGGCGCGGGCGGCGGCGAUUCACGGCCCAAGGCGGCCGUGGCCGCACUGCGAGAAUCUAAUGAGAAUCUAAUGCGCUGCCGUGUUGCGCAGCUCGAGCGGCAGGUCUGCCGCGCAGAGGCAGAGCUCCAGCGGCGGCGCAAGUUUGCGGCAGAGGCGGAGCGAGCGGUGAGGGAGGUCACUCAGCGGUUAGUCAGCGCGUUGCCUGAAGAGGACGCGCCAGACGACGCCUGGUUGGGCGCCGUGGACCGGCUGACUGGACUGCGCGAUUGGGGCCGUGGCAUGCUCUGUCGCCUCAGGGACAUGCGCUGCUGCGUGGAAGAAGAGGCUGAGGCGCCAGCCCCUGACCUGGUGGAAAAGGAGCAGGCUGUGGCGUGGAGCAUUCCAUAUUUCAUUCCUGGUGGCUCUGACUUUGCGCCGAGCGAACAACCUCUUAUAUCAGUCAGAGGGCUGUGCAUGGGAGAGGGCACGCUGCUGGCGGAUUCAGGGGCCGUGCAUGCGUUGGAGUGCCAGCUGGCGCACCUGGCGCCUGAUCUGGCGGCGGCGGCUGCCACGCUGCGUUCCCUCAUCCUGCCAAACCUGGCCGGUUUGGCUCCCUCUGUCGCCAGUGACAUCUCGGAACAGAUGAGGAGGGUGCUUGCCUCGCUGGUGUUUGCAUCUGCCAAGCUGUCCGGCCUGGCAUGCCUGCUGCCAACGCCCAUGCCUGACCUUGCUGACCUCAGCAGAGUGCCACCUCGCCUCCAGGCGAGGCUGAAGGCGAGAGCAGACGUGAGGAAGGAACAGCGGCCUGUGGCUGCCACUAGCGCUGCAGAGACUGUGAGUGGCGUCGGCGGCACCUGCCGGCAGAUCAGCCACAGCUCACAGCUGCUCCAUCAGAUAACGGCAGCGUUGUCGGCAGCCAGACAGCAGCAUGAGGAGCCGGUAUCACGAGCUCGCGCUGCUUUGAAAGCUGUUGUAGCAGCGCAUGGCCAAGUGCAGGCGUGGCCUGCAUCGGAGUUGUGCCUAAUGAGACUCCUGAAGCAGUUGGCGCUGCAUGCUGCCACGCUGAGAGAGCUCCCAAAGCUGCUCGGCAGCUGCCAUGCCAGCAGCCAGGAUGCUCUGCAGCUGGUGCAUAGAGAGGCUGUGCAGGCCAAAAGGGAUGCACUCUGA